GCUUGGACAGCUAUACUCCGUGCUUCGAUGUGUCUACACCUAUAGCGCAGGCGCGCAGCCCCUCCUCCUAGCCCCCAACCUCCCGCACCCGCGCCGCUACUGCCCUCCACGCACGCAGGCCGCCGCUUCGGUUUUUGAGUUUUUCCAUCACACGCAGAGGUAGAGAGCAUCCGGAUUCCAGCUUCAAGUCCCGAACCCCACCCAUGUCCGCCGCCGCCGCGACCUCUGCCAGCGACUGGACCAUAGUCCGCCGCCGCGGCCGCCGCCGAGGCAACGCCCCACGCUCCACCUCCCAGCCCGAUGCCCCGACGCCUCUCCCCGUGACCCCAGUCCUCUGGUCCCCCUCCGAUUCCUCUCUCGACCCCGCCCGCGUCUCCCGCCUCGUCGCGCGCGCCCACGCCGCCAUCUCCCGCGUCGCUGCCUCCCCUCUCUACCACAGCCUCCUCCAGGACUCGUCGCUCCGCCGCCGCCUCAGUCUCCUCGCCCCGGCCCACCUCUCCCUCCUCGGCGUCGGCAGCUUCGAGUCCUCCCCCGCCGCGCGCCUCCAGCUCGCGCUCGCCGCCCUCCUACGCCGCGACCUCCUCCCGAAAGCCGCCUCCGCGGACGUCUUCGACCCCGUCCUCUCCGCCGUCGAGUGCGCGGCCGCCGCGGCGCUCGGCUUCUCCGUCCCGAGCCUCGACGACGGGUGCCGCCGUUGCGCUGAGGAGCCCACGCUCUUCUACAUGCCCCACUGCGAGGCGUCGCUCUACGAUGCUCUCCUCGCCGCUAACUGGGAUUCCCCCGCGCAGCUACGCCGCGUCUGCGUGCUCGGCAACAGCUUCCGGCGGUACGCGCUCCAGGCCGAGGAGAACCGCUCGGGCCCCGCCGCCAAGGCCCCACAUGUCCUCGCUGCAGAGCGGUUCGCGCGCGAGGAGCGGUUCGGCGACCCGAGGGAUCUGGAUGACGAAGAUUGGUUCGCCCACGCGUUCAACGAGACGAGCUGGCAUUUCUUCGAGCUGCGCGACGACGUCGACUUGUCCGCCACCAUUGCUGUAGGAGGGAGCUAAGUUCAUUGAUCAGAUGUAAUAUGGUAACUGGAUAUCUUCAUGCGUUGCUUGAUUGAAUGCAAUGGUGAUCAAGAUUCUAAGUUUAUCCUAUUUAUCGGAUUCUCUGUGGGAUGCAUACUGUAUACCAAUUCCAAGGAGAACGGUGUAUAUGCCAAGUUGCCAACUAGGGAUAACGAUGAAGGCAAUAAGAUUGGGAACACCAAACCGUUAGGGACGCAAUACAGAUUUCUCUGUUACAUCAUAACCCGUAAGGUCAAUUUCAUGAUAUUUGUUGUUGAUGGCGUCGCUGUCCUUGAGUCAAUUGGUAGCAACAAUAAAGGAUACACUGAGAUACUUUGUCAAACUUUUAUGUAUCCGUUCUUAUCGAUUGGAGGUACGGAUUGCUAGGAUGGACACAUACCUUAUAUAUCCAUUUUAUCAUUAUCAUAGGAAGUUUCCUGAAUACAGAUUUAUGUUCACUUAUACUGCUUUAUGAAUGAAAUAUAUGCUUCAAUCGUAUUGUAUUCUCUUCAAUUUAGAUCUCACCUGCUAUAGAAUAAGAGUGUACAUGUUGUCGAUUUAAAUUGUUAGCUUCAGUCAUCUCAUGCAUGCACUAUGUUUGUCUCUGUGAAUAAAUUAUGCUUCCUAUUGUAGACAUCAUGUGAUCAUAACAAAUUUUAUCGCAGAUGAUAAACCUGUUGUCGUUUGUCUCUGUUGAUAAACCAUCACGGCCGUGCUGCGGUCGUUUCCGUGAAUGCCAACUUGACUGCAGGCUUGGAGUCCUACAAGCACAAAGCAGUAAAAGCUGCCAUGGAUUAUGGCUUUCACAUGGCCAUUACAAAGUGGCAUGAUGAGGUUGCAAGGGAAAUGGAAGUGAUGGUUAAGGAGCAUGAGGAUGGUGAUGCUGGACAACAGUGGAUGAUUGACCUCUGGAUAGCUGGUCUAGAAGGGCAUGCUCUCUCAAGACCUCCAAUUUUAGAAGGAGAAGCAACUGCACGGGCAAUCCGUUUAGCGAAGUUCAUCAAUAUGCUACUGUAUGUUCAUGUGAUGAGCAUAGACGCAAUGGAUGAGAUUGCCAAGGCUAAAAGAGAAGGACAGUCAGAUGCCGAGAUCUGGAAAUUGCGACUACAGUUGCACGUAGCAAUGGUCUACAUUGCACCACGCUUGAUGACUAAGGAUGCGGGAUGCGUUCAGUUGCGGCUGAGGACAAGUUCAGUUGCGGCUGAGGACAAGCAGGACAGGGACGUCCUCUCUCGUCCCUCUAAUUUUGAGGGACAAUCAAAGACAAUUGGGAUAAUCUAGUCCCAACCUCUGACCCUGAAAUAAACAACUCUAUUUGAGGGAUCGUUCUAUUCCAUCCCGUUCUGUCAUUACAAGUAAACACACCUCAAAACAUCUUGGUAUAGAACUGAAAUAUGAUAUUCGUUGCAUGUAUUGUAGUUCAUUUUAGUGAUCGCCUGUAAAAUUGUGUGGCAUUGGUUCUGGCUAAAUUUAUUGUUGUAUUGGUAUCUUGCUUACUGUUUUUUUUUUGAA